AUGUCCAAGCAAACCUUGACAAUGUAUAGGGAUAUCACUCCCCUUCCCCAGCCUCUCAACAAGCCGACUGCUGAUUCCAAACACAUCCUGGUCGUUGGCGGUGGAGUCAUUGGACUCACCACAUCUUGGGCUUUACUCGACCGUGGCUACCGUGUCACCGUCCUCGCCAAAGAGUGGGCCUCCUACGGCAAAGAACAACGAAUUGCCUCCCAAAUCGCCGGUGCCCUCUGGGAAUACCCACCAGCCGUCUGUGGCCAGCACACUGAUAAGAUUUCCCUGCAGCACAGUAAGAAGUGGUGUAUGGCCGCCUACCACAUCUGGAACGCCGUAGCAUCGGACGAAGAACUUUCGAAGGCGGCUGGUGUGAGGAUGAUGCCCAGCGCGUUUUACUUCCCGAAUCCGGUCGAUUCGGAUGACUUCCAGAGGGAGAAGAUGAACGAGAUUGCAGCGAGUGGAGUUGUAGGGUUCAGACGUGGGCAGGAGCUCAUCGAGAAGCGCCGCAUUGACCCAGAACACGGAGGGGUUGACGCCUACGAGAUCAUGGCCCCCGUCAUCGACACUGACAAGGCUAUGGGAUGGCUCAUGGAGCUCGUCAAAGCAAAGGGCGCGAAGAUGAUCACGGAAACCAUCCACGGUGAUCUCCUCAGACAAGAACAACAGCUCCGAGAGAGGUUCCGAGUAGAGGCCAUCAUCAACUGCACUGGUAUCGCUGGUGCUGAAACCGCAGCUGACAAGUCCUGCUACCCCAUUCGAGGUGGACUGAUUCGUGUCAUUAACGACGGGAAAGAUUUCCCCAAGGUUGAAGCUGCCUUGACCAUCUCUGCCGACGUAGCGACGCAUAGCGAAAUCGUUUUCAUCGUACCAAGAAACGAUAACAUCCUGCUCAUGGGUGGUUUCACGGAACCACACAACUGGAGCCUCGACUUGACUCUGGAUUCACCUGUGAUGCAGCGCAUGAAGGCGCGUUGCGAAGCUUUCCUCCCGGAGUUGAAGAAUGCCAGACUUGACCCCGACUAUCCCAUGGCACAGGGUUUGCGUCCUUUCCGUGGCUCCAACAUUCGUGUAGAGAGAGAGUUGAGAACUCUCAGCUCUAGUUCACGACCUAGCCGAAUCGUCCAUUCAUACGGACAUGGAGGCGCCGGCUGGAGUUUGUCGUUCGGAUGUGCAGGAGACGUCCUUCGCCUUCUGGAAGAGGCUCUCCUGGAUCUGCAACCACAGGGUACUACGUCGGCUUCACGCCCACACGUGGUCCAAGAAUUCCAGUCAAUGUUGUAA